AUGAACUCCUCACGCGCAGUCGCCACCAUGCUCAACCGCCUUCACGGGCAACCCGAGAGUUACGACAAGAAGUCCAAGUACUCCUUUGGUCGAACGCUCGGUGCUGGUACCUAUGGUAUCGUCAGAGAGGCCAGCGGCCCUACUGGCAGGGUUGCUAUCAAGAUCAUAUUGAAGAAGAACGUCAAGGGUAAUGAGCAAAUGGUUCUUGACGAGCUAGAGAUGCUUCAGCGCCUCAAGCACCCUCACAUUGUCAAGUUUGUCGACUGGUUCGAGUCUAGGGACAAGUAUUACAUUGUUACUCAGCUCGCGACGGGAGGCGAGCUUUUCGACAGGAUCUGUGAGCAAGGAAAAUUCACGGAAAAGGAUGCUUCGCAGACCAUCAAGCAAGUUUUGGGUGCCGUCAACUACCUCCAUGAGAACAACGUCGUCCAUCGAGAUCUCAAGCCUGAGAACCUCCUAUACCUUACUCGAGAUGCCGACUCGGAUCUCGUCCUGGCCGACUUCGGCAUUGCCAAGAUGUUGGACAAUAAGGAUGAGGUCCUCACGACUAUGGCUGGCUCCUUCGGUUAUGCAGCGCCGGAAGUUAUGCUCAAGCAGGGUCACGGCAAGCCUGUCGACAUGUGGUCAAUGGGUGUUAUUACGUAUACUCUCCUUUGCGGCUACUCGCCAUUCCGCUCCGAGAACCUUCAGGACCUCAUCGACGAGUGCAGCAGCGGCAACGUUGUAUUCCAUGAGCGUUACUGGAAGGACGUCAGCAAUGACGCUAAGGAUUUCAUUCUGAGGCUUCUACAGCCCAAGCCGGAGAACCGGUGGACAAGUCAGCAAGCUCUGGCUCACCCCUGGCUCCGCGGCGAUUCCGCAACCAACCACAACUUGUUGCCCGAGAUCAAGGCCUACCUUACCAAGGCCCGCCUCAGACGUGGCAUCGAGAUGGUCAAGCUCGCGAACCGUAUCGAGCAGCUCAAGAUGCAGGAGGAUGACCCGGAGAACACGGAUAUGCCCGGCGAUGCGACACUUGCCGCCGACCAAGCCCAGGCCCGCCAUCGCGCUCUAUCCGCUGCGAGCACCACGGGCGGAGCCUCAGAUGCCGAGAACGCCACUGCACCCGCCGAAAAGCGGACGCUCUCCAAGACUAUCAAGACGGCUAUCUUCCGCGAGGUCGUUCUGGCCAAGGUUCGCGAGAUGAAGGAGCAGGAAGAGGCCAAAAAGCUCGCGGAAGAGGUGGAGACGAAGGCCAAGAGCUUUCAAGCCUAG